UAUGUGAUGUGUGGCACACUGAGCAACGAAGUACACUGCACCAGGAUAACGCCGAUCCAAGGUUCUGCUUCGAGUAUGGACGAUGCGGGAAAGCGGGUUCUGGAAACCAGUGCUACGGUUGUCGAUCUGACCCUCAAAGAAACGCUUUGCCUCAAUUUUUCGGAUGCAACAUCAGCGCAACUCCACACCAUUGAAUAUGUGCGAAUGGAGCAACAGUUUCCAGUGUCUGCAUCCUAUCAGUUCGGCAUUCCACUGAUUACAACUUCGUGCAUCUGCGACUGCGCCGGCGCUGAGCAGUACUGCAAUAUGGAUGAUUAUAAAUACAAGAACUGUACCAAAGGCGCGCUUUGCUAUCGGACCUACCAUGCACACCAGUCGAGUUCCGGAUGCCUGAUGUCAUCAAAGAGCGAAGUUUGCUGCGAAAUAGCGAUCGAACCUUAUGGCGGCAAAAGUUAUACAGCGGUGAAACUGAACCAGCCAGAUACAAUCAUCGUUUUGAGGCACCGUAUCUACGAGCGAGCAUCGAGUCGAUGGAGCGAAGCAGCUUCCGAAGAAUUCGAAGCAGUUGUCAAUAAAGGCUCCGCGAAAAUGGAAACCAUUGAUAAAAGAAAGGUCGGAUCCAUGAAACCAUUGUGCAUCCUGGAAUUGACAUGCUGGUUCCACGGUGUUUAG